UUAAUUAAUUAAAUGGAAAUUAGGAGCCGAUUGUAAAAGCAAAAGAAAGAAAGAAAAAGCAGGCGACCAAAGAAUAGGAAUUAGGAUAGUUCAUUGAUUCGUUCAAGAAACGACGAGAGGAGAUCGAGAGAGAGAUGCAGGCGCAGGGGGAGCAGAAUCAGCAGCUAAUGUUGCAGAAUUCUGGAAAUUUGAGCUUCAGCAGUAAGGAAGAUGAAGAGAUGUCGAAAUCCGCGCUUUCGGCUUUUAGGGAAAAGGAGGAGGAGAUCGAGCGCAUGAGAAUCCAAAUUCAGCACAAACUUCAAGCUCGACUCGGCCGAGUCGAGGAAGAAACCAGGCGUUUGUCCUCCAUUCGAGAGGAGCUUGAAGCAAUAGGGGAUCCAACGAGGAAGGAAAUUGGACAAAUUCGUAAGAAAAUUGAUGCUGUAAACAAGGAAUUAAAGCCUCUUGGACAGACCUGCCAAAAGAAGGAGAAAGAAUACAAAGAUGCCCUUGAUGCUUUUAACGAAAAGAACAAUGAAAAAGUACAGUUAAUAUCAAAACUAAUGGAGAUGGUUGGUGAAAGCGAAAGGCUAAGGAUGAAGAGGUUGGAAGAGCUGAGUAAGCAUGUCGAUAACACUUCCUAAUUUAAUUCCUUAAUUCGUCAAAUAUAAAGUUAACUUUGUGUUAUGUGCUACUUUUUACUUUACUCUCUAUAUAUGUGUUCUGUAUGGGUGUUUCAAUUUAAUCACUCUCAUAUAUUUUAUUUCAUUUUGGUUUACUUUUUACUUCACUAAACAUUCACAAUUUAGGGUAACAUAUAUGUAUGUAAUGUUUUUAGCUAUUCAAAAAUAUAUUGUACUUAAACU